UGAAAGCACAACAGAUAAGGCACAAGAAGUUGAGGGUAUUUUGACAGAAAGUGGUGUACUUUGGCCACACCGUCGCAUGCCAAAAAGAGAUUUUGGACUGAAGAGUGGUUUCUGCAAAGGUGUAUGGCCCCUUUCUCUAGUAUCAUGAAUCCUGUACAAGGGCCUCUUUCUCAAGAAAAGCAGCACAAAAGAGAAGAUUCAGAGAAGGAAGAUUGUCCAUUAAAAGAUAACGACGUUAUCAAAGGAUGUAAAAGCAAGGCACCCAGCCUUCCUUUUAGUGUAGAAUCUCUUAUUUCGAAGAGAUCGUCUUGCAGGACUCAAUAUUCGCCAUAUGAACAGGGUAUGGUUUCCAAUAAGCCCGUUGCUGAUCAGCCUCAGUCUCCAAAGUCAAUUUCUGCUGAGAAACGCGUUUCUGUGGAGAGUUUUCCAAACUUAACGGAGUCUCCGAAAAAUGACAUCGAAGAUCUUAGUGACAAGGACCAGAGCACUUGGUUUCAAAAUUCAUCUUUCUCAACUCCGCCCAGACACUCCAGCCCCCCUCCUUGUACAUUAAGAAAACACAAGAACAACAGAAAGCCCAGAACCCCGUUCACCACCUCGCAGCUGCUGGCUCUGGAGAGGAAAUUCAGACAGAAGCAGUACCUUUCCAUAGCGGAGAGAGCAGAAUUCUCAAACUCCUUAAACCUCACAGAAACACAGGUUAAAAUCUGGUUCCAGAACAGAAGAGCUAAAGCCAAAAGACUUCAAGAGGCUGAACUAGAAAAGUUCAAAUUGGCCACCAAGCCACUGCUGCCUUCCUUUGCCUUUCCAUUCCCACUCGGUGCGCACCUUGGCUCUCCUUCACUAUAUGGACCGUCCAGUUCUUUCCAGAGACCUGCGCUGCCAGUCCCAGGACUCUUCGGUACACCAGUGACAUAUGGGAUGUACUAUCUAUCAUAACUAACUAAAACCAAUCAGACUAUGCUUUAUAAAACCAUCAUUCCAUGUACUCAGAGAUGUUAGCCCAAUGGGUGCAAAAAGAGAACAUUAAAAAAUAGCAAGUAUAUAUAUAUAUAUAUAU